AAGGGCAGAGGAGAGGACUAAGGGCAGAGGAGAGGACUAAGGGCAGAGGACAGGACUAAGGGCAGAGGACAGGACUGAGGAGAGGACGAAGGGCAGAGGAAAGGACUGAGGGCAGAGGAGAGGACUGAGGAGAGGACGAAGGGCAGAGGAAAGGACUGAGGAGAGGACGAAGGGCAGAGGAAAGGACUGAGGGCAGAGGAGAGGACUGAGGAGAGGACUAAGGGCAGAGGAGAGGACUGAGGAGAGGACUAAGGGCAGAGGAAAGGACUAAGGGAAGAGGAAAGGACUGAGGAGAGGAGAAAGUAUUCUGAGAGGUCUGGUGAACGGCAAUGGAGGAUCAGGAGUUUGAGCUGCCGAUGGACGUCGAAGUCUGUUUUGAUCCGCUGUUCAUCGAUGAGGAAGACCCGUACGGGGAUGAGGGUGUUGAAGAAGAGACAGGCGCUUCAUUCCAGUCUCUCCUGGGAGCUACCAGUACAAACACACUCCUGACUUGCUCAGUCUCGGAUAUCUCCAUGUCGGAUAUCUGCAGAGAGACACACCUGGAUGAGACACGAGCCCAGUUCAAGGACGUGGACACCAUGUUUAGAUGUUGUGUAGGAGAAACUACAGACUGUUUUGGGCUUCACCUGUCGACGACGGCCCAUACUAACACACACCAUAAUGGGUCAGGACAGAUCCAGCCACACCUUAGUGGGUCAGGACAGAACCAGCCACACCUUAGUGGGUCAGGACAGAACCAGCCACACCAUAAUGGGUCAGGACAGAACCAACCACACCAUAAUGGGUCAGGACAGAACCAGCCGCACCAUAAUGGGUCAGGACAGAACCAGCCGCACCAUAAUGGGUCAGGACAGAACCAGCCGCACCAUAAUGGGUCAGGACAGAACCAGCCACACCUUAGUGGGUCAGGACAGAACCAGCCACACCUUAGUGGGUCAGGACAGAACCAACCACACCUUAGUGGGUCAGGACAGAACCAACCACACAUUAGUGGGUCAGGACAGAACCAGCCACACCAUAAUGGGUCAGGACAGAACCAGCCGCACCAUAAUGGGUCAGGACAGAUCCAGCCACACCAUAAUGGGUCAGGACAGAACCAGCCGCACCAUAAUGGGUCAGGACAGAUCCAGCCACACCAUAAUGGGUCAGGACAGAACCAGCCACACCAUAAUGGGUCAGGACAGAACCAGCCACACCAUAAUGGGUCAGGACAGAACCAACCACACCAUAAUGGGUCAGGACAGAUCCAGCCACACCUUAGUGGGUCAGGACAGAACCAGCCACACCUUAGUGGGUUAGGACAGAUCCAGCCACACCAUAAUGGGUCAGGACAGAACCAGCCACACCUUAGUGGGUCAGGACAGAUCCAGCCACACCAUAAUGGGUCAGGACAGAACCAGCCACACGUUAGUGGGUCAGGACAGAUCCAGCCACACCAUAAUGGGUCAGGACAGAACCAGCCACACCUGAGGGAGAUGGAUGACCUGUUGAAGAGCUGUGAGGACAUGACAGGUGUGUCCUUCAACUCCCGCCUGUCCACCAGGUACACAGACACUCACCUGACUGAUCCAGCUCAGAACCAGAACCAGUCAGACACACACCUGACUGGACCAGCUCAGAACCAGUCAGAUAUACAAAAGAUGGAUGCUAUGAUGGGGAGCUGUGGUGGUAAUGACUGUCACAGAGGUGCCUCCUACACAGACACACACAUGGAGGAGUCUAGGAACCAGUGCCAAAGUCACCUGAAGGAGGUGGAAUCCAUUUUGGAUCAGAAUGGAGCCACAGGAGCCGCUGUCCAGCCUCAGUUGCCUCCCCUUACCUCUGCAGGCACUCAGCUGAGUGGCACUAUGGCUGAGUAUCAGACAGAGCUAAUGGGGAUGCUGGCCAUGUUAGAGAACUGUACGGAGGAGACAGGAAUUACCUUAGACCCUUCAGAGUGGACUUACCCCAGCUUACCAAAAGGAUUUUGCCAACAGAACACCAACAUGAAUAAGGUAACACAAGACAGACACAUGGACAGAGGACUAACAACACAAGGACUCAUGGACAGAGGACUAACAACACAAGGACUCAUGGAGAGAGGACUAACACAAGGACUCAUGGACAGAGGACUAACAACACAAGGACUCAUGGACAGAGGACUAACACCACAAGGACUCAUGGACAGAGGACUAACACCACAAGGACUCAUGGACAGAGGACUAACACCACAAGGACUCAUGGACAGAGGACUAACACCACAAGGACUCAUGGAGAGAGGACUAACAACACAAGGACUCAUGGACAGAGGACUAACACCACAAGGACUCAUGGAGAGAGGACUAACAACACAAGGACUCAUGGACAGAGGACUAACACCACAAGGACUCAUGGACAGAGGACUAACACCACAAGGACUCAUGGACAGAGGACUAACACCACAAGGACUCAUGGAGAGAGGACUAACAACACAAGGACUCAUGGACAGAGGACUAACAACACAAGGACUCAUGGAGAGAAGACUAACAACACAAGACAGACUCAUGGACAGAGGACUAACAACACAAGGACUCAUGGACAGAGGACUAACAACACAAGGACUCAUGGAGAGAAGACUAACAACACAAGACAGACUCAUGGACAGAGGACUAACAACACAAGGACUCAUGGACAGAGGACUAACAACACAAGGACUCAUGGAGUCUGUGGCGAAUACCAAGACUGAAGGACUAGAGUCUGGGAGAGGUGUGGGUCUGAAGCCAUAUUUGGGCAGUACCUUUGGCCAAUUUGAGCCCCAAAACUAUCAAGCUAUCUCGACAAAAAGACAUUCAGAUGAUUUAGGAGACUGUGGAGAGACACACACAAGAGGACCCAUGUCCAUGGUGUGUGAAGAGGACACAGACGGGGGCACAGAGGGGGACAUGAUGGGAGGCCAACAACUAGAGACAGAGUUGGGAGUGGUGGAGUUGAGGGGAGGGGAGGAGUUGAGGGGUUCCGUGCAGGAGUUGGGUACUGUGCUUGAGGGGUGCAUCGAGGAGGUGGGGAGAAUGGAGAAGAGACGAGAUGAACUGAUGGGAGAGCUACAGGCACUAAGGGAGGAGAAGACAGGGACAGAGGAAGGGAGAGAAGGAGGGCAAGCAGCACAGUUAAGGCAGGUGCUAAAUAUUGAGGCAGAUGGGAGGAGGGAGGCGCGGAUGAGGGAGUGGCAGUCUUUGAGGGCUGAGAGGAGUGAGGAGGAGAUGAGGCUGUCCAGCGUGCAUCUGGAGAAGCAGGGUCUUCAGGAGGACAUGAGGAGGCUGAAGAGGAGGCUGUUCUCUGUUGCCAGGGAGUGUGCUCACAACCAGGUCAUCCUGGUACGCAGGCAGCGUGAGGUGGCCCAGCUCAACAAGGAACAGAUGGAACUCGACACACUGAUCAUCCAGCUGACUGAGGAGGUGUCUCAACUCCGCUCCACCCACCAGACCCAGCGCUCCACCUUUCAGUCCCAGCUCCAGACACACAGCCAGACACCCGACCCCAUAGAGGAGCUGACCCAGAGCAAGAGGACCGCGUGUGGGGACGUACAGCAGUACCUGCAGGGGGUGCUCAAGGCCCUGGAGGAAAGGUAUGAGCCAAUGCUGCUGGCCCUGUUGAAGCGGAGGGAGAGGACAUCAGAGGCCCAGGUGAAGGCCAGGCAGCAGGCCCGGGAGUUGAGGGCCCGUCGGGGGCCCCUGAGGGAGGAGGAACAGAGGCUGGGGCUGCAGAGAGCCUGCCUGGAGGAGAGACUCGUACUGAUGGAGACCCACAGGAGAGAGGAUGUAGAGCAGUACAGGGAGACAGUGGACAGGCUGGAGGACACUAGCAGAGAGCAGAAGACAAAGCUACAAAUCCAGAAGAGGGAAACCAAGGAGACGGCGGAACUGAGAGACAGACUUACUAAAGAACUCCACCUGUACAGAGGUAUUGUCGAAGACAAUAACAAGAAUGAUGUAAGCAGAGUGCAAGAGAAAACCACCGGGACAAAUAGAAGUGUUUCAGUUUAGGUUACAAGAGAAAAACAACCUUUUCUUAGUUCAUGGGUCACUUGUUUCCAACAAUCAUACCAUCCUUACAAAUUCACUUUUAUACACCUUUCAGAAGGUUCUAUUCGAUUGUCAAUAAAACCCAGGAAGUAGAAAACCAGGAAAAAGCAAGUCAGUUUUGCACACUGAUAGCUGAAAUCUGUGGAGAACUCCCAUCAGGUUGGGAAGGGUGUCUGGAGAAACCAAGCUCGCCGUCAUUCUGUUUAAGACAUGGUAAAACAUCUGUAGAGAAGAAGGUUCUGGAACAUUCUGAAGAUAGAUGUAAUGCAUUCUUUAUAGUGCAACAAAUAAAAGGUGUUCUUUUAAACUAAA